CGCAUUGGAGGACUUGCUGCUGGAUCCCACUGACAGACUCUCUCACACACAUACACACCGGUUUGCUUUGGAGAGCGACACAAGCUGGGCAGACCUCGACCGGCACCACUGAGUGAUGGCAGAGAAGAUGAUUUUCAUCUGAGGGAAUUGUCAGUGGAGAUCUUGCAGGUCCUGUUUGAUCCCUGCAACGAGCUUGAUGCUCUUGAUGUUCCCAAGGUCAUUUCCUCCACAGUGGAUCACCAGGACAUCUGGCACAGCUCUUCCUCCAAGGCACCGAUGAAAGAAGAGGAGGAGGUUUCUCCAAACCAUGCCUUCCUAGCUGAACCACUGGACCUGGGCACAAAACUUUGGUGUGUCCACCUGCACUGAAGGGACAACCCUAAAAGAUUUUGCAUUGCAGUUUAAAGGAUUUGUGGAUUCCUGCCCUGAGCUGAAGAACAAAAUAAAAAAGACUGCAAAGAAAUGAUGAACUCCUCCCACUAAAGUGGGUAAGGACUGACAAUACAAGCCUUCCAUAGCUGUGCACUGGAGAGAGCAUGACACAACAACGAAGAUGGCGUGUUGUGGAGACUGUUUUUGUUGCCAAUGUUGCUGCAGAGACGGAGAGACACGGACACCAGAAGAACUGACAAUCCUUGGGGAAAUCCGAGACGAAGAAGAUGAGAUUCUACCCAGGAAGGACUAUGAGAGCCUUGAUUAUGACCGCUGUAUCAGCGAGCCCUAUGUGGAGGUUCUGGAGGGGAUGGACCACAAGAAAGCCAAGAAGUAUGAAGCAGUACGGUGGAUGAUGGUGUUCGUAAUUGGAGUCACAGUCGGUUUGGUGGGCCUGUUUGUGGACUUCUUUGUACGCCUCUUCACCAAACUCAAGUUUACUUUGGUUGGUGAUUCUGUAGAGAAGUGCAGUGACAAAGGCUGUCUCCCUCUGUCUCUGCUGGAGCUCCUGGCAUUCAAUAUGACCUUUGUGUUCAUCGCCAGUGUGCUCGUCCUCAUUGAGCCAGUAGCUGCAGGUUCGGGGAUUCCAGAAAUCAAAAGUUACUUGAAUGGAGUGAAGGUUCCUAGAGUCGUCCGACUGCGAACUUUCCUCUGCAAGGCUGCUGGCGUUCUGUUUAGUGUAGCUGGAGGUCUGUUUGUGGGGAAAGAAGGUCCGAUGAUACACAGUGGAGCCAUUGUGGGAGCUGGCCUUCCUCAGUUUCAGAGCAUCACUUUUAAGAGGAUCAAAUUUGAUUUUCCCUACUUCCGCAGCGACAGGGACAAGCGAGACUUUGUGUCAGCGGGUACUGCUGCUGGAGUAGCUGCUGCCUUUGGUGCUCCCAUAGGUGGCACCCUCUUCAGCCUGGAGGAGGGCUCCUCUUUCUGGAAUCAGGCCCUGACUUGGAAAGUGCUCUUCUGUUCCAUGUCAGCCACUUUCACCCUAAACUUUUUCCGUUCGGGGAUAAACUUCAACAAGUGGGGGUCUUUUCAGCUGCCGGGUCUGCUCAACUUUGGAGAGUUCAAGUGUCUAGAUGGAGACAAGAAUUGCCACCUGUGGACUGCAGUGGACCUGGCCUUCUUUGUCCUGAUGGGGAUGGUGGGUGGACUACUGGGGGCACUCUUCAACUGCAUGAACAAGAACCUGGCCAAGUAUCGCAUGAGACACAUCCACCCCAAAGCCAAGUUUAUUAGGGUUUUAGAGAGUCUGCUGGUUGUCAUGGUGACAACAGUGGUGAUAUUUGUGGCUUCCAUGUUACUGGGUGAAUGUCGUGACCUGUCCUCCCCUACAACCCAUAACAACACACUGUCCGGCAGCGAGGACAUCAACUCGACCAUCCGCCAGUACUUCUGCACCAACAAGACCUACAAUGAUAUGGCCACACUGUUCUUCAACCCACAGGAGGCCGCCAUCCACCAGCUCUUCCACCAGGAUGGUACCUUCAGUCCUGUGACUCUGUCAGUGUUCUUCUUGCUGUACUUCCUGUUGGCCUGCUGGACGUAUGGGGUGUCAGUACCCAGUGGCCUCUUCGUCCCUUCACUGCUCUGUGGGGCAGCUUUUGGACGUUUGGUUGCCAACAUCCUUAAAGUGAAACUGGGAAUGGACAUCUACUCUGGAACCUAUGCUCUCAUUGGAGCUGCUGCAUUCCUUGGAGGCGUGGUCAGGAUGACCAUCAGUCUGACUGUCAUCCUCAUUGAAUCCACAAAUGAAAUCACAUAUGGACUCCCUAUUAUGAUCACUCUAAUGGUUGCAAAGUGGACCGGAGAUUUCUUCAACAAGGGCAUCUAUGACAUCCACAUCCAGCUGAGAGGAGUGCCACUGCUGGAGUGGGAGACAGAGCUUGAGAUGGAUAAGCUGACUGCCAGCGAUAUCAUGGAGCCCAACUUGACUUAUGUGUACCCUCAUACCCGAGUCCAGUCUCUAGUCAGCAUUCUGCGUACCACUGUGUACCACGCCUUCCCUGUGGUCACUGAAAACCGACAGAAUGAACGGGACUUCAUGAAGGGCAACAUCCUGGUCAGCAACAACAUCCUCUUCAAGAAAUCCAGCGUUGUGUCCCGUGCCGGGGAGCAACGAAGGCGCUGCCAAUCCAUGAAAUCAUACCCAUCCAGUGAGCUGAGGAAUGUUUGCGAUGAACAUAGCGCUGUUGUGGAGCCUGCUGAGGAGGGAGAAGACCUGCUGCAGCAGAUGUUAGAGAGGAGGCAUGCUCCCUACCCCAACCUGUACCCAGAUCAGUCUCCCAGUGAGGAGUGGACCAUGGAGGAACGCUUCAGACCACUCACCUUCCAUGGCCUCAUCCUGCGCUCUCAGCUGGUCAACCUGCUCAUCAGAGGAGUCUGCUAUGCUGAGAACCAAUCGAGUGCCACUCAGCCCAGAUUGUCCUAUGCAGAGAUGACUGAAGAUUACCCACGUUACCCUGACAUCCAUGACUUGGACCUUGCCUUGCUGAACCCCCGUAUGAUAGUGGAUGUCACUCCCUACAUGAACCCUUGUCCUUACACGGUGUCACCUAACACCCGCAUCUCCCAGGUGUUUAACCUCUUCAGGACCAUGGGCCUGCGACACCUACCGGUGGUCAACGCUGUUGGAGAAAUUGUUGGAAUAAUCACAAGACAUAAUUUAACCCAAGAGUUCCUUGUGGCCAAACUGCGACAGCACUACAUCACUAUUUGACCCGAUGUCCUGCCGUCCUUCAAACCUGAAUUCUGUUCCGCCUGGUCCUGAGCCUUUUCCUCUGUCCAUUCCUAAUAGCAAAUAGGCAUUCCCAAACAAUACAAGAUAUGCACAACCAUACUUUCUCUGUGGUACAGUAGGCAACACAGUUCUCCAGUAAGUGAAAUCUCUGUUGUAUUUCACUGGAGUGUUACAUUUCAGUGUUGAGGAAUUUUCAGCCUCUGAUGAUCCACUGGCUGUGAUGGUUGUCUGGACUGUGGACACAUAGAUGUGUUAAAAGGAUCUAAACUGACUUUAUCAGGGUGGUCUGUAUACAGAAAAUCACAAAAAGUUUUUUCUAAAUUCCCUAAUAGAUCCAUAUCGGAUAAUUCAUGAACACUUUAAGGGCAGUCAGACUGUGAGCAACAUGGUAGAUGGUUUGCUCAGUUCUGACUAAAGAAAGUUCAAUGAUUUUAUAGCACUGAGCCUAAGCAGAUAUGUCUAGUCCUUUAGAAAACAUUCAAAAAGUUCUGACACUGAAAUAUCUAGAAAAGUUAAGAAAUAUUUGUCAAAAAAGUCUCCUCUGUCACGAUGAGUCUGUUGUGUCUAUGUAGACGAGUUUGGCAUCAGCCUGUUUUUGCAAGUAGCACAGUUUCAGAAUUGACUAAUAGAUGAUGUUUCACUGAAGUAAGAUCAAAGACUGUGGUUGGACACUAUGAGUGUCAGUGAACAUUUUAAAACACACUUUCAAGCAGACUUUGUUCAGUGAUUCAAAUAGGUCAGGUGCUGUGCUCAAAGAUUAUUGCUGCCACACACAAUUGACCAAUCAGAGUUAUGUAGGCAGUAUUCAAAAUGGAGAAGUAAUUGUCCUACAUAGCUAGCUACCUAGCUACAAUCAUGAAAAUAGCUACAAAAUGGCAACUUACAGAAAAAACAACAUAAUUCUCUAUACACUACACUGCAAUAGCUGUUCAAUUUUUGUGAAAUAGUUACAGCUUCAAUGACUUGUUGGUAGUGUUGCUCACAGUUUGAUUGCAGGGUUAGACUUAGUGUAGAUCCUGGGGUACAAAAAGCUACCAAAGUGAAAUAUCACUUGUAAAGGUUUCCUUACUACCUUCAUGACAAAAUCUUUUAACCUUUUGAUUAUGCUUUAUUAUUGUUGUCACUGUAGCACUUUUAUUUUUGAUCAUUUUCUGAUUAUUUUAAUUGACUUUAUUUGUAACUAGAAUAUAUGCACUAAAAACAGGUCGGCAUCCCUUCCGCCUGCUAAUAAAAUACACCUCAGUAGAUCUUAGAGGAGUUUGCUUAGUGAACAUGUCAGUUCAUUCCAAGUUGGACAUAUAGUAACUUUUCAAACCACUUCAGCAGUCUGUAAAUACAUCAGCAUUGUUUUGCACUCAUGACAUGUAGUAAUGUUUUCACUGUCGUUCAGUCAGUUCAGUGUUAGAAUUUGUCAGGGCUAAGGGGCCUUCAUGAAUGACAAGUCUUGGGUGAUGUUGACCCAGGUUUUGUUAUUAAAUAAGAAUUUUGAAGGCAUUUUGAAGGCAAACAGCAAAAAUCUAGUUUCAGUAAAAUCAGUGUCUAAAAUAGUUCAUGUUAGUGCUCUGCUAUUCAUUUUUCAGCAAAAUAGUACAUUUCUGGUCCAUUGUACAAGUACAUCAUUUUAUUUUCAUUCCUUAAAGGGAAUCAAAAUGUGACUCUGAGCAAAGGGAAGUAAAAGGAAGUGGAAUUGUACUUUUAUUGAUCGAUAUAAAGUCCACUGUAUGUCAGAGUGAUAAAUUAUGAGCAACCUUGAUGGAACAUAUAUGAACAUCAAACAUUCCUUAUUGUAUCUUGUCUCUGCUUUAUGUUUAUUAUUUAAGAGAUUAUUUUUUAUACAAUUUUAUUUUUAUGAUUUGCUGCUUGUGCUGUGAAAGGUUGUCAUGCGAUUGCAUUUCUAAAUGGACCAGGGCCCUCCUGGACAAUAUCAUUGUUUAUAGUCUUGGCAUUGCUCACUUGUUAUUUUAAAAUCAUAAUUUUUAUCUAUUCUAAUACUACAUAUGGCAUAACAGGUGUCAUUCAGAAUAUGAGAUUAAGAGAAACAAUAGGUAGUACAUGUCCUACUGUGAAGCCAGACCUGAGGGACUGUUUGCCAAAUACUUUGUUUGACAUGCUUGUUUCUUAUGUCAUGGGUGGAGGUUUGAACAGCACCAUGUGCUUGUUUAAUAAUUUGUAGUUUCUACAAAGGUAGAAAACUGGCACAAGGCAACAAAGCUGCAGCCAUUGAACAAAAAAGCAGAGAGACCUCUGUCUUGUGCCUUUAUUAUUGUUCAAAUAAAGGUCCUUCUGUUUUGUCAAUCAUACAAAUAGUCUGCAUCCUUUUUAAGACAUCUGUGAGACUAUACUCGAGCACAGAAUUUCCUUUUUGUGCUAAAAAAGAGAGUGUUGAAAGGAUGAAUGCAGGUGGUGUAAAAUAAAUCUCCAGGUUCAUUAUGACGUCUAUAAAGAGAUACCUUGCAUUUUUAAUUUGGAACUGAGAAAUGCGAGGUGGUCCUUCUUCUCUGACAUCAUCGCCCAAAAACAAUAAUGCAUGUGCCUUGUUUGAUACUGUCAACAGGCUAACAAACCCUCCUGUGUCAGUAGCCCCUGAACCUCUGUCCACCAGAGCUUGCAAUGAAUUUGCCUCCUUCACAGAAAAUAUUCAGAUAAUUAGACAAGCAGUAAUUGCCUCCAUAUCUGGUACAGGGUAUGUGUUUGUGUCCCUGUGUCCACUUUAAAUCAGUUCAAGUAGUAUGACACAAUUUUAUCCAUUCAACCAUAAAAACCUGGAGGACAUUAUACAACAUCUUAAAUUCUCCUGCUGCUGCCUUGAUAUUAUGCCUACAGGCUU